AUGUCAGCGCGUGUAGGUACAAGUCGUGGUGCCAAGAAGUGGCUGGCUUCUCUAUUUGGAGACGUCGAACAAGUUUCAUCAUCUAAAUCCGUAGUAAAGGAGAGAUUACAAAUUAUACUAGCGCAUCAACGUGGCUCACAAAUUCUUGCUGGCGUGGAUUUAGCGGCUUUACAGAAGGAACUGCUUGAGUGUGUGCAGCGUCACAUUAAGGUGUCAAAUGGAGCAAAUAUCAACAUUGCAGUGAAAAACGAAGGACAAUUUGAUAUAUUUGAGAUGCAAGUGCCUGUAGAUGGAGACAAGAUGGUUGAUGGAAGGAAAACAAGAAGCAAUGAGUAA